ACACACACAGGCAGCAGCAGGAGAAUGCGUGUGUUGAGUGUGUGUGUGUGUGUGUGUGUGUGUGUGUGUGUGGUGAGCUGAACACACCCGAAGUGUGAGCUGAGUGUGCCCUGAUGCUGCUGCUGUAAAUGCGGAUUAAUUCCGGCAUCGCCCGCCUCCAUCCCUCCAGCCCCGGCUCGUCUCCAGCUGCAGCGGCUCGCCCCGCUCUCGCUGGACGAAGAUAGCGCCCGUGGAGCGGCCAUCUAGCCCCCGGGGCCGCGAGCUGAAGCAGAGCCUAGCGGUUACCGCUGCUGUACCGCCGCCGCCGCUGCUGCUGGAUACUGCGGGUCUCUCUGCUGCACUGAGCGGAGCGGAGGAUCAGCAGCUGCUCCUUUCUUUCAUUCUUUCUUUUCUUCCUCUUCUUUUCCUCCAAAUCUCCAGCCUUCACACUCAGGGCUCGGGGGAGGCUCGGAUGUACCGGUUCAGGUGACCCUCGAUAUGGCUGUUCUGAAGCUCGUCGAUCAGCCGCCUCUUCUUCAGGCCAUCUUCAAUGGAGACCCUGAGGAGAUACGCAUGCUCAUCUUCAAAUCCGAGGACAUCAAUGCGCUGGAUGCAGAAAAGCGUACUCCCCUCCACGCUGCAGCGUUUCUGGGGGAUGCUGAGAUUAUUGAGCUGCUCAUCCUCUCUGGGGCUCGGGUCAAUGCCAAAGACAACAUGUGGCUCACCCCUCUGCACAGGGCUGUGGCUUCCAGGAGUGAGGAGGCGGUGCGUGUGCUGAUCCGUCACUCGGCCGACGUGAACGCUCGUGAUAAGAACUGGCAGACUCCUCUGCACGUGGCGGCGGCUAACAAAGCUCUGCGCUGCGCUGAGGUCAUCAUCCCGCUCCUCAGCAGUGUGAACGUCUCGGACCGCGGGGGACGCACUGCUCUGCACCAUGCUGCCCUCAACGGACACACUGAGAUGGUCAGUUUGCUGCUGUCUAAAGGUGCUAACAUCAAUGCCUUUGAUAAAAAGGAUGGCCGUGCUCUCCACUGGGCUGCCUAUAUGGGCCACUUAGACGUGGUGUGUCUGCUGGUGGACCAGGGAGCAGAAGUCAGUUGUAAAGACAAGCGAGGAUACACACCUCUCCAUGCUGCCGCCUCCAACGGACAGAUCAACGUCGUCAAACACCUGCUCAACCUGUCCGUGGAGAUAGAUGAGGCCAAUGCGUUUGGGAACACCGCUCUGCACGUGGCCUGUUUUAAUGGUCAGGAUGCAGUGGUCAGUGAGCUGAUUGACUACGGGGCCAAUGUGAGUCAGCCCAACAACAAGGGCUUCACUCCUCUCCACUUUGCUGCUGCGUCCACUCACGGAGCACUCUGCCUGGAGUUCCUGGUCAACAACGGAGCUGACGUCAACGUGCAGAGUCGGGAUGGGAAGAGUCCUCUCCAUAUGACCGCAGUGCACGGACGCUUCACACGCUCACAGACUCUCAUCCAGAACGGUGGAGAGAUUGACUCUGUUGAUAAGGAUGGAAACACUCCGUUACACAUCGCCGCUCGUUAUGGUCAUGAGCUCCUCAUUAACACCUUAAUCACCAGUGGAGCCGACUGCACCAGGAGAGGAGUUCAUGGAAUGUUCCCGCUGCACUUGGCUGCUCUGAAUGCUCAUGCUGACUGCUGCCGGAAGCUUCUCUCCUCAGGACGGAGGUAUAGCAUAAUCUGCCCGCUCAGUAACGACUCGGUCCUGUGUGCAGGCUUCCAGAUCGACACCCCGGACAGCCUGGGGCGGACCUGUCUGCACGCCGCCGCUGCUGGAGGAAAUGUGGAGUGUGUGAAGCUGCUGCUCAGCAGUGGAUCAGAUCACAACCGGACGGAUAAACACGGCAGGACUCCUCUCCACUAUGCAGCUGCCAGUCGUCAUUUUCAGUGCCUGGAGACUCUGGUGUCAUGCGGUACCUGCAUUAAUGCCACUGACCAGUGGGGGCGCUCUGCCCUGCACUAUGCUGCUGCCUCUGACCUGGACAGAAGGCGACGUGUAGCCCUGGAGCCGGAGAGUCCUGGAGUGCAGGCGGAGAAGGAGAAAGAGGCAGCUCUGUGCCUUGAGUUCCUGCUGAAGAGUGGAGCCACUGCCUCACUGAAGGACAAGCAGGGCUAUAGUGCUGUUCACUAUGCUGCUGCCUAUGGCCACAGACACUGCCUGGAGCUGCUCUUGGAAAGAGAGGAGAACCAUCAGGAUGAGAUGGAGAGUUCCAGCACUAGGAGUCCCCUUCAUCUAGCCGCGUAUCAUGGUCAUGCCCAGGCUCUGGAGGUCUUGCUGCAGGGUCACUGUGAGGUGGAUCAGGGGGAUGAGGUGGGCCGCACUGCUCUGGCCCUGGCUGCCCUCAGGGGCCACACUGACUGUGCCCUGACCCUGCUGAACCACGGGGCCUCGCCACGCAGCAGAGACUCCGGCCGAGGGCGCACUCCCAUCCACCUCGCAGUGAUGAACGGUCAUACGUCGUGUGUGCGCCUUCUUCUGGAGGACUCUGACUGUGCAGACCUGGUGGAAGCAGCUGAUUCUCAGGGACAGACCCCCCUGAUGCUGGCGGUGGUGGGGGGUCAUGUGGAUGCUGUAUCUCUGCUGCUGGAGCGAGAGGCCAGUGUGGACACAGCUGACCAUCAGGGACUGACCGCCCUUCACUUAGGAUUGCUGUGUGGGCAGGAGGAGUGUGUGCAGUGUUUGCUGGAGCAGGAAGCCUCAGUGUUGCUGGGGGACUCUAAGGGCCGCACAGCUCUUCACCUGGCUGCAGCGAGGGGCCACGCAUCCUGGCUGAGUGAACUGCUGAGUAUAGCCUGUUCUGAGCCCCCGACGCCUCCACUACGAGAUAACCAGGGCUACACACCCCUACACUGGGCCUGCUAUAACGGUCACGAGGGCUGUGUGGAGGUUCUACUAGAACAGAAAGGCUGCAGAUGUUUCGAUGGAAACCCCUUCACCCCUCUGCACUGUGCUGUAGUGAAUGAUCACGAGUCCUGUGCCACGCUUCUGCUGGAAGCCAUGGGCUCAGAGAUAGUGACCUGUAAGGACUCCAGGGACAGGGCGCCUCUUCAUGCCGCUGCGUUUGCCGGCCAUGUGGACUGUGUUCAGCUGCUCUUGGCCCAUGAUGCUCCUGUGGAUGCUGUGGACCAAUCAGGGCGCAGUGCGCUCAUGAUGGCAGCUGAGAGAGGAGCAGUCGGAGUUGUAGAGGCUCUUCUCACCAGCGCCAGCGCAGACCUGAGUCUCACAGACCAAAAAGGAAACACUGCUCUACACCUCGCUUGCAGUAAAGGAAAGGAGGACUGUGCUUUGUUAAUUUUGGAGAAACUUCCAGAUACCACAAUAGUAAAGGCCACAAAUUCUGCACUCCAGACUCCUCUCCACCUGGCUGCACACAGUGGUCUGAAGCAGACGGUGAAGGAGCUGCUGUCCCGCGGUGCCAGUGUGCAGGUUCUGGACGAGAACGGUUUCACUCCCGCUCUGGCUUGUGCUCCUAGCAAAGAAGUGGCAAACUGCCUGGCUCUCAUUCUGGCUACCAUGAUGCCUUUCUGCUCCCCUUGCAGCUCUGGAGCGCCCUCCCCAGGGGCCCUGUUGAGGUCCCUGCCCCGACAAGCCCCCAAAGGCUCCCAGGGGCCACGGGGCCCUUCCAGCGAGGGCACCACCACGGAAAACGACUCAGAUUCGGAGACCUUUUGACCUCCGCCUUCUCAUGAGCCCUUCCUGUACAAGUUCUCAAAGCACUUAGCCUAGCGAACCUCACAGCAACUGUACAGAACCUCCUCUGAGUCCCUGUACAGAACGGAGAUCUUAUAUAAGAGAUUAUAUUAUUAUUAUAACACGUGAAGUCUCGUUUAUGCUUCUCGCAACUACUCGGGUAUAAAGCCUCUUGCAUAUCGGCACUGUCCAACAAAAAAUAAUAUAUAUAUAAGAAAUAAAACAAGUAUCUCUAAAACAGCAACAUCUAAACUUUCAAUUGAAGUCAAUUGAUGUAAAAACAGUUUAUUUCAGGUAAUUUUGUUGGACCAUUUCUAUUGGUUCAUAUAUAUAUAUAUAGAUGUUUUGAAACAGUGUAGGAGACAAUUAAUGUGCUCAAAUUAUGUAGUAAACCCAAAAUCCACAAAAAAUGGAGAAACUUGUUUUAAUUGGACAGUGAUGCUAUAUGGGAAAUUUACAGCAGACACCAAUAUUGCUGAUUGGUGGUAUUAUGCUGCAUUCCAUUUCAAAUUGUGCAAUGUAAUUGCACUAGACAUCCCCAGUUAUAAACUUUAUUUAUAUUUAUCAAAUUCCAAGAUUUUUAUUUUUUUUCAUGAGGAAAAAUCACAGGUUUUAAUUGGUAAUUGGUAAAAUUUAUUGGCUUAUUAAAAUUAGCAAUAGCUUCUAUAUUAAGUAUAGAAUUUAUGAUCUCAAGGUCCAGGAUUUACUUUUAUUUAUUCACAUCUAUUUCAUUUACUUCUAAUCGCAUCAGAAAAGAUUAUGGGGGGUUUCAUUUUUUUUUUAGCAAGUAUGAAUUAAUUAAAAGAGUUAUUGAAUUAACUUAAUUUUGUAGGUACAAUUAUGUGCUUAACAACCUGUUAAAAUUGUAUUGAAAUCUUGGCCUGAACAUGUUCUUCGUAUUCCUGUAAUAUAAUUUAAUAUGGUUAAUAUGAAUGUGGGUUCAUAUUAGAAUUAUUGAACAGUAUCAGAGCAUAAUGGAAUGCAGCAUUACUGCCAUUAAACCAUUAAAAAUACUUCUGACUGCAGUUUUAGAGUAGUAAGACUUCCUGCUACACUGAAAGCAAAAAGCCACAACAGCUUUUAGUGGCUCCCACUGGUGCGAAAAGCAUAAAUCAGCUUUAUAAAGAGAGUCGGUACACUUUCUCUGCGCCCUGCUGUCGACGCAGAGAUUUUUUUAAAAAGCCAUUUUAUAAAUCCUUUCACUUAACCUGAACCGUCAGUGGUGUAGAUAGUGUGUGUUUUUUUUAUUAUUAUUUCUGUUUGAAAGUUGAAGUUGCCAAAUAUUGACUCAGCAUAACCACACUUAGGGUACACUGUAUAUAGUGUGGGUUCCAGUGUCUUAGCCUGUGGACGGUUUGUAAGCACAAACCCAUGAGAAAAAAAAAAAAAAAGCACAAUGUUUAGUCUAACGUUUGUUGUUACUGAACAGCAGAUGCCUCACACUUCCUCACGUCUGUAGUCACUCCAGGUUGGAUCAGGGACCAAAUAAUGUUUGACAAGCGACAACAAGAGAUAGGGACAUUGAUUUAAUGCAUGUUACUGCCAUAGACUGAGGUUAAAUGUAUUAUAUAUGUGUUUAUAAAGUAUUUAUAUGCAGAAAUAGAACCUUACGUGAUCGGAAAGUCAAUGCAAAUACUCUACAUUACAUUAAAUUACAUUACAAUUAUACUUUAUGUCCAAAAGUAUUCAGACUCAGACUUUAUGGUGCACCCAUUGUUGAGAAGUAUUAUUUCCUGUUGAAUUGAACACUUUAGUUCAGCCUCAGCUGAGCCUGAGGUCACCAUAGCAAUAUAUCCUUAUUAAUCCUUAUUAAGCCCUUAUUAAGCACUUGGCUGUGGUGUUUGUGAAACAGAGCUAAUAAUGAAACAACAUUACCAAAAUCUAAUGCAAUCUUACAUUUAUAUACAGCUCUGGAAAACAUUGACAUCACUCUUAACACAGUUUCUGAAUCAGUUUCUCUGAUUUUGCUAUUUAUAGGUUAAUGUUUGAGUAAAAUAUAAAUUCUAUAAACUAUGAACAUUUCUCCCAAAUUCUAAAUUAAAAUUUUGCAGAAUUUGCAGAAAAUGGGAAAUGGCUGAAAUAACAAAAAAAAGUUGCAGAGCUUUCAGACCUCAAAUAAUGCAAAUAAUGCAAAAGUUCAUAUUCAUAAAGUUUUAAGAGUUCAGAAAUCAAUAUUUGGUGGAAUAACCCUGGUUUUUAACCACAGUUUUCAUGCAUCUUGGCAUCAUGUUCCCCUCCACCAGUCUUACACACUGCUUUUGGAUAACUUUAAAAUUAAAGCAGUUCAGUUUGGUGGUUUGAUGGCUUGUGAUCAUCCAUCUUCCUCUUGAUUAUAUUCCAGAGGUUUUUAAUUUGGUAAAAUCAAAGAAACUCAUCAUUUCUCAUUUUUAAAUGGUCUCUUAUUUUUUUCCAGAGCUGUAUAAAUAAAACAGUUGAGGCUUUUAGAUGACUGUAGCACAAGAGGACAAGCGUCUUAAUGAUACCUUUAAUUUCAAGGGAACAUAGAGGAUGAGUGUCUUCAAACUUUUGGACAUAGAGUGUAUUUGUACCGGUAGUUAAAAUUACAAACCAUUUACUUUAAAUGAAACCUCAGUAGGAUCGCAUCCUACUACCUUCAAUUUAAUGUAGUAAUAAUUUAAUAAGUCAUUCUAGGUUAACUGUAUUGUGUUACAUGAGGGGAAAAGGGUUGGUAAAUAUAUGUGAUUUAUAGAGACAGAUGGUAAAGCACUGCUUAUCCAUAACUAAUGAAAUAUGAAAUAACAUUUAUAUAAGUUAUGUUAAUUUUUUGUUUUUUAGUCCCCCCCCCCCCCAAAAAAAAACAAAUAAAUUGAUGGGCUUCUGUGGUCAGGAGUCUGAAGAUGUGUCUGAUACUGUGUUCUAUUCCCUAUGUAGUGAACUACUUCUCUCCAAACCAUCACUGAUUGGUGGAAACUUCACACUAGACCUCGAGCAGUUUGGACUGUGUGUCUCUCCACUCUUCCUCCAGACUCUGCUCCCUUAAUUUACUUUAAAUGAAAUGUAAAAUUUACUGAUGAUCAGUGAUGGUUUGGAGAGACAUGUCUGUCAUCUGCUGGUGUUGAUCCACUGUGUUUUAUUAUCAAGUCUAAAGUCAGUGCAGUUUUGUUUUCCCGCAAAAUCUUACAGCACUUCACUUACUGCACUUCCCUCUGCUGACUUUUAACAGCAGGAUUUGGCACACUGCCCACACUGCCAAAAGUACCAUUUGGUCUUGUAUAAUAUAAUAUUAUUAUUUUUUGCUUUAAGAUACUGAUUUUUGACUUAAAAUAGAUCACUCCGUGUGUAAUACAUCAAUAUAAUAUGCGAUUAUUUCUGAAAUAAAGUAACUUUUCAUUGAUAUUCUAUUUUUUUUCGAAUGCACUUGUUUUAUAAAGACCUGGAUUUUCACAUGUAGAGAAUAGGACACAGUUUCAGACUCAGCAGAGAGCUCUCUGCUUUCUGGUUAGUGUUCUCCUCUGAGCGUGUUCAGCUCUGAAGUAGCUGCAGUAGCGAUUAGCUUCACCAGUAUUAAGGGAAGCAUGAUGUAGUUAGUAGCUAUGGUACGAAAUGAUUUGUCUGCACUCAAAUUUGUGUGAUGGAGAAGUUCUAUGUAGGAGUAAAGAGUAAAGGACUCAACUCUUAGUCUUUUGACUGUCCUUAAGAGACGAUUUUAGGAUUUUAAGAUUUUUUUAUCAUGAUUUUUCUGAUGGUUUGCAUUGGGUUACAGUUUAUUUCUGUCUACUACAGCUGUGCUUCUCAAAUCCAGCUGUGCAGGAAACACCUCAGCACCCCUCCCAGUGUAGAACUGAGAGUAAAGAUUUGAGGAUUUGAAUAUUAAGGCGUUGAAAGACAGCCGGCCUGUCCAGCAGUUGUAGUUGUAGAGUUACAGUCUGUAGUGUUCUGGAGCCGUGUUACAUUUAUUCACCCCGAGUCGAGAAUUUUAUAAACUAGUUAUUUAGAUAAAAUGAAACAGAUGGUACUAAAUUUGUGGCCUUCAGCUGCAGAAGCUGACAGAACUAAGAUUAUCUGACCAAAAGAAGCUCUUCUGCGAGUCCUGAUCCUCCUCUCUGUCCACGAUGUGCCAGUCAGUCUCUCAAGCUUUGUCCAGUGCCUUGUUCUGUCUUACGUUUUUUGUUCAUUUUUGUUUUUAAAAAGUGCGACUGUGUGUUGAAUGCUUAAGAAUAAUGUGAAUAGAGGCUUUUAAAGCCUUUUGAGUGGAUUCUGUCUGCUUACUGUACUCCAGUGUUUUCACCUUGUUUGAGGUGUGUGUGUAUGUGUGUGUGUGUAUGUGCAAAAUACAUCUGCAGAUGUAAGCCAUUUGUAGCACGUACUGUAUUCUGGCUCGUGAGCGUUUUUGUCAUCAGCACAGAGAAAUUGCACACAGAUGUCAACUAAGGAAAGCACAUGAUUAACCUGUGUAUGUUUAUGUUAAAACCUUGUAUCUCCAAUUUUGUUUCGGUUUUACAGCAAAAUGUAAAUUUAGCAUUUUUUUUGUUUUGUUUUACAUUAAAUGUUAAAAUUAACUUGAUCUGUAAUUGGCUUGGAAUACAAUAUAUUUGAAACAGUUUUUUUUUUUUUUUUUUUUUUUUUUUAGAAAAGUUGCUGUUUUUGGAGAUACAAGGUUUUAUGUGACAUAUCAAAUAUACGGGUGUGAAAUACAGGCGUUUCUCGGGGUCCAAGACUUUCUGAAUAACUCUUAUGUCUCCUAGAAAGCCUAAAAAAAAUUAAUUCUUUGGGGUCCCUAAAAUACUAAAAAACUGUUAGUAUUAUAUUUAUUAUAUUUAUAUAAUAAUCUAAAGCCCUAUCUGGAUGGGAUUAGUUUCUCAGAGAGUCUUGGGGUAAAUUUCUCUUUUGUAAGGGGUCCUCUGUGAUUUUAUUCCUGUCUGGAACGACCAUGUACGUGUUUUUCUCAGACGUCCUCUGGAAAAAAAAUUACAGUCUGAAUUAUUAUUAUUAUUAUUUUUUUUUUUUUGCUAAACUCUGUGGUCCUCCAGUAAUUUUUGUCCCGUCUGGAUCCACAAUUCUAAGUUCCGUCUCCUCACGUUUAUUAAGAUAGUUAUUUGUCCACUGCCGCGCAACGUAAUUACACUUUGUGCACGCGCUUCCAUGGAGAUCCACGUAAAAACACAACAGCGAGUGGAAAUGGAGGAGCUACUGAACGUGAUGUUGUGUGGACGAGAAAGCCUAAAAACUCACUGGUGGUCCUUUUUAUAUAUAUGUAUAUAUAUAUAUAUAUAUAUAUAUAUAUAUAUAUAUAUAUAUCAUUCCAAAUGCAAGAGUUUUUUUUUUUUUUUCCACUGAGUAGAAGGGAGAAAUAUUUUUCACAGACGUUCCCCUAAAAAACUAAUCCCGUCCGGAUAGGGCUGUAGUAUAUCUUUGCAACAGUGUUCCAAUAAUAAGCCUGAUUUCAGCUGAAUCAGCUUUCUAAUUCUUACCCCUGGACGCCGUGGGUUAUUUCGCACUCUGGACUGUAGUAUAUGGAUGAAUUGGGUAUUAAUUUAAUUGAGAAUUUGAGGAGCAGUGAAUUGUAUCAGUAUUAUUAUGCCAGAUUAUAAUUGAUAAGCUUUGCCAGUUGUGACAAUCUUAUCGUGCCACACGUUCCUCAUGCAGUAUGAGAUGCUGAAGGCUGUUUGUCAGCUAAACGUUCUUUUAUAUAAAUUGUAUAAUUAUAAUAUAAAAUGUUUUAACAAA